UGUGACGUCAGCGCUCAAUGCUUCUCCAAUGGGAUGUUUUUCACGGAGCAGUGCAGGCCUACAGUUUUAAAUGUAGGAAAAAAAUGACCCUAGGUGGAAGAAAAAAGUUGGCUGCGGGGAAUCUGGCUCAGCCACAAGACUGCCGAUGUUUACUUUGUGUCGAGCUGAAAAACAGACCAGACGUCCUUUCGUUUCUAGGGGAACAACGAUCUAAGUGAUGGGAAAAAUAGGAGGCAUUUAUUUUUCGUUCUGAAUAUUCUUGAUGCGAUAUUUUAAUCUUCAGAGACGAGCAAACUUAGGUGCUGCUGGUCAUGGGCAGCUUCAAGGGCCACGCUCUCCCAGGGAGCUUUUUCCUGUUAGCUGGGAUUUGGUGGACGGGAAAGUUCUCGCUCUGGCACGCCACCCGCAGGAACAAAAGCUUAGGCUCCACUCGGCUCGCCAGCAGAACCUCACAGCGACGACUGGAAAUCAUUGAAAGCUCUCUUAUUCUCUUCUUCUCCUUUGUUGGGAUGGCCGGUGAGCAGUUUGUAGCAAACGGGCCGAAGCUUCAUUUGUAUGACUUUGCAGAGAAACACUGGGAGCAGCUGCACAUCUGGCAGCAUACAACCAUGUACCUGUUCUUCGGUCUGGCUGCCAUUGUGUCUCUGAUUAUCCACACGACAGAGGGAGCACCGGUGGCACUGGACAGGUUGAUGCUGGGAAUAGCAUUCUUUAAUGAAGGAUUCCUCUUCCUCUACCACCUCCAUGGACGGACUAUGCUGGACGUCCAUGUGCAUCAGCUCCUUCUCUACGCUAUCUUCGGUGAGGGUCUUGUUUCUUUCCUUGAGGUCUUCCACAGAGGGAACAUCAUCCUGGAGCUUCUGCGCUGCAUCCUCACACUUCUACAGGGGAGCUGGUUCUGGGAGAUUGGUUUUGUGCUGUACCCUCCCAGUGGCCCCGAGUGGGACAUGAAAGACCACAACACCAUGAUGUUUAUUACUAUGUGCUAUUCCUGGCACCUCGCCUUUGCCAUGCUAGUCGUCGGAGUGCUGUACUGCACCGUCAACUGCAUUGUUCGCUCCAGACUGAAGAGGACUCCUCCGAUGGAAAUGGGACUUCUGAAGCCCAGGGAACGGGAUCUAGAGUCAGAGGAUGAGAUCUUAUGAGGAGGACUGUUGUGCACCUAAUGACUAAUGACUAUCUGAAAAAAAUCAGGGAUGUGAUGCUUUCUUCUGCAGCAGUAUGACUAGGAGUGCACACAGCCACACAAAAUAGGGAUAUAAGCAUGCUUCAGAAAUAUAUUACUACAUCUGCCUUAUUUAAUCAGCUUUAAACCUUCCAAGCCUUACUCGCCAUUUAUUUUGCAGUGACAUGACACUGUUCUGAUGUCUGGCAUAUUUUUAUUAUCUUUACACAUCAUCUGUGUCAAUAUGCCAAUAUGAUGAGAAAACAGUCAUCUUCGUUCCAGUUUAUACAGUAUUACCUGAAAAGCCUGCCUUACUGAUGUUGUGUCUUUUUCUUCUUGUAAGAAUCUAAAUCAUAUAAAUUAUGUGAUUCAAACCCAAAUUCCAAGCAGGUUUUUAUUUGCGAAUUGUGUAAAUGUUUAAUUUUGCUGUUUGAUAUGGUUCUACUUCAUGCUACACAACACAGAUUUUAAAGUUAUCCUAUAAAUCACCUUUUCAUAACUUGAAGUCAUUGAUGGUUCCUUGAUGUCACCCUGGACAACACUGGUUAAGUUGGUUGUUGUAGCAAAUUAUAAAUCAGUCACAUGGAACACAUUAAAACACAUUAAAAGCAGCUUGCUGAAGUUUAAAACGAGCAUCAGAAUUGAAACGAAAGGGGAUUUAAGUGACUUUGAACGUGUUAUAGUUGUUGGUGCCAGAGGAGCUGGUGUAGAUAUUUCAGAAACGGUUUAUCUGCGAGGAUUUUCACACACAACCCUCUGUUUAUGGUUUAAAGAGAAUGAUCCCAGGAAAAGAAAAUGUCCAGGGAGCAACAGAUGUGUGGAAAAAAAAUAACUUGUCGUUGUCAGAGGACCAUGGACAGAGUGGUUUAAGAUGAUAGAAAGGCAGCAGUAGCUCAAAUAACCACUUGUGACAGCCAAGGUACGCAGAAUGCCGUAAUGGGGCCCAUUCCUCUCAACUAAGAACAGGAAGGUAAAACUACAGUUUACACAGGCUCACCACAACUGUUACUGACCAUGUAAACCCCUUUGUGACCACAGUGUCCACAUCUUCUGAUGACUACUACCAGCAGGAUGAUGCCCCAUGUCAUAAAGCUAAGAUCAUCUGAAACUGGUUUCUUGAACAUAGAAAUUAGUCUACUGUACUCCAAAGGCCUUAACAGUCACCAGAUCUCAAUCUAAUAGAGCCCCUUUGGGAUGUGGUGGAGCCAGAAAUUAGAAGUACAGCUGGAAAAUCUGCAGCAACUGCAUGACACUCAUGUUUGUAUGGUACAAUAUCUCUGUUGAAUGCAAAAGGUCCAACCUAAUAUGAGCAAGGUGUCCCUAAUAAAUUGUCCAUUUUAUUCCGGUAUUCAAAACACCACAUUUUUGAUAACGAGACCAGAUUUUUACAAUAUUUUUGAGGAUACUAAAGACCCCCCAUUUCAGGUUACAUAUGAAAGAAUUCCUGAGACUCAAAUUGUGUUUUUACUAAUAUUUCCUUUGCAUGUCAAGUAUUAUAGAUUUGGAACUACAGACGAUCAAAUGUGGGCAAGAUUCCUUUAAACAACAGUGUACUAGCCCUUUAACUUAGUGCUGAAUAGAAAUCUAGGAAGACAUAGGCAAUAUUUUUUUUAUAAUGCUUAGACUUUUUUGAGUGCUUGUGUUUCCUUCUGAUGGAAUAGUGCUCUGGGCAGUGAGCCAUUUUGUCAUUAUCAAAAACCCCCACUGCUUGAAGUUACAUCAGUCAAGAGACUUCUAGCUUGUGUUAAACAUAUUACAUGUACAACCAAACUCAGUUACACAUGUCACUAUAUGUAAUUUACAAGACGUUCUUAGUUAAUGGGCUUUAUAAAAUCUGGCAUACAUAGAAACACCUGAGGUAAUUCCUCCUGGAGGCAGUGCUUCCUAGUUUUUCUGUAUGGUUAGGGUUAUUUAGUCAUCUCAGAGAAAAGUAAACCAAGAUUGAUGCAAAUACCAGAAAUGUGUAAUGUUGUUAUUGCUUCAAGUGACUUUGUUAACCAACAGGGGUACUAUAAUUAACCUGUUUCCUUAAAAUAAAAACAUCGUUGGAAUUUACUUGAA